CACCGGGGAGCUAGACGAGGCUGUGUAUCAAAUACCCCGCCCCUACAUAAGGCUGAUCCUCGCCACUGGUUGCUUCCACUUCAAUAGUACUCAAGAACAAAAUUGCAUACAAAACUCCUUUUCGACACGGACAGAUAUAUAUAUAUAUACAAGUGCUCUGUUAAUUCUCACCGACUACCAGAGAUCUCCAUGAUGCCAUCCCCACUUAGCACCCAGGUCAUUCAAACGUCUGACUCUGUUGUCACAGCUCUCCACACCACCUUGCGCAAUAUAUUCGUAGCACUUGAUGAUGGGACAGUAAGGGUCUUUGAUAUAAAUGAUGGCCAUGAAAGAAUUCUCCAGGCGAGUCAGAAGGGUGGUGUUUGGGCUUUGGAUACGUGGUUCGAAGAAGGGAGGGAGGAGGAAGAAUGGCUUGCCGUUGGAGGGACGGAUUGUUUGGUUGGUAUUUGGUUGGUAGGGAGUCUUGACAAGAAAGUAAGCCUUGCCGGCCACCAGAUGACUGUUCGCUGCAUCUCUACCCUCUCAACAUCCCGAGUUCUCUCCGGCUCACGAGAUACCACCCUUCGAAUAUGGAAUAUCAAUACCGCCACCUGUGAAGCAAUCCUCGAAGGCCAUACCAAAACCAUCAGGCAGAUCGCAGUGAAAGACAACGUCGCCGUCUCUGCUAGUUACGAUUCUGAUGCGCGGGUCUGGGAUUUGGAAACGGGGACGUGUUUACAUGUUCUAAAGGAUCAUACGGAGAAAUUAUAUGCUGUGGCUUUUGAUGGAAAGAGGAUCGUUACUGGGAGUAUGGAUAAGACAGUGAGAGUGUGGGAUCCAGUUUCGGGGACAUGCCAGACUAUGCUGCAGGGGCAUACUAGUCUGAUCACGUUCCUGGACCUCUCAUCAUCGAAUCUGAUCAGUACCAGUGCUGGCGGUGACAUAUUUUCCUGGUCUCUGGAAAAUUACUCCAAGAACUGGGAAGUCUCAGCUCAUGACAAUUCUGUGACAACACUCCAAAGAAACGAGGAAAUCUUCAUCACUGGUGGCUCCGAUGGUAGGGUCAAGGUGUGGAAUGGCAAGUGGAAGCCUCCCUAGAACAGUCUCCUUAGAACAGAUGAAGGAAUAUACUAACAAAACUCAUAGCCCAAACCGGAGCAGAGAUAAUUAACCUUCUGAGCUCAGAUGCAGUCUGGCAGGUCGCCAUCUUGGGCCAGAAAAUCCUCACAUUAUUCUCGAGGAAUAAGCAGAUUAUGAUGGAAUUUUGGGCUGUGCCGGCAUCAUCAUGAGUUGAGGCACGGGGAUCCGACAAACGAAAACUGCGAUUGCACCACCGAGGAUUCAGGAUGGUUUGAGGUUCGAUCUGUAAGGACUCAACCUUUUGAGGUUUACUCCGGCCAAUCAUCGAUUGAGGUUCUGACUUUACCUUGCGUGAGCGAAACCGAAUGGAACGAGGAUAGUUCUGGUUCGCAGACCAGAGGACGCUCCGCCGCCCCUCGCUUCCUUUGUUGCUCCUCUGCCAAGUCAUAUGAUGAGAAAUAAGCAAUAGGGCUAUUGAACUCCUGCAAUCCAUAGAAUGAGAGUAUCUACAGUCAUGCCUGACACACCUGGAGAAAAGACCAUAUGCCCAGCCUUUGUCUCCAUCCGCAGCCAUCUCGCGUUUUGCUCCUUUUCUCUCUCUUGAGUUAUAUUUAUGAAUGUCGUUACAGCCCGAUGGAGGCGCAACCACGUUCAAAGCCACGAGAUCAUAAGACGUGUCUGAUCAUAUCCAUAUCAUAUUAUAUCAUAUCAAUUGCGGCACGGAAACUGAAAUAACCUGCACUCGCACA